GUCAUUUGUGGCUUCCGCUUCCUUCUGCGCCAUAUUGUAGUGAGACAGCAGAUACACCGUCGCAGUGAUUCUUAUUUCUUGUCAGUUUAUCAUAAAUUUCUGUAGCAGCAAAGAUCGCAAUGCUGUCCAGUGCUUAUUAUGGUGAGAAUGAGCGAAUGAAGGAGUUUCAUUACGCUGGCCCUACUGAGCACAAGUUUUCCCCCUAUGCUUUUAACGGAGGUACUGUAUUAGCUCUCGCUGGUGAUGAUUUUGCCAUUGUUGCCUCUGACACACGUCUAAGUGAAGGAUACUCCAUCCAUAGCAGAGAGUCUCCAAAAUGCUACAAACUAACUGACACUACUGUGAUUGGCUGCAGUGGAUUUCAUGGAGAUUGUCUGACACUGACCAAAAUAAUUGAUGCUCGAUUAAAGAUGUACAAGCAUGCAAACAACAAGACAAUGACAAGUGGAGCAAUUGCUGCUAUGCUCUCUACCAUUCUCUACUCACGACGUUUUUUUCCAUACUAUGUUUACAAUAUCAUUGGUGGACUGGAUGAAGAAGGAAAGGGAGCAGUGUAUAGUUUUGACCCUGUUGGCUCAUAUCAAAGAGACCAGUACAAAGCUGGAGGCUCUGCAAGUGCAAUGUUACAACCCCUUCUUGACAAUCAGAUUGGAUUCAAGAACAUGGAAAAUGUGCAGCAAGUACCAUUGACAAAAGAGAAGGCCAUUCAGCUAGUUAAGGAUGUCUUCAUUUCUGCUGCAGAAAGAGAUGUCUACACAGGUGAUGCCCUAAAAAUCUGCAUUGUCACAAAGGAUGGUAUCACAGAAGAAACCAUUCCUCUUCGGAAGGAUUGAUUUUUUUUCCCCCCUAUUAUAUGCUUUUUCAGUUAUUUUUGAGUUUUCAUAAAUAAAUUUUAUAACAAACAUGGUCAGAUCUGACUAGAAAUGUGUGAGUGUUUUUUAGUUGUAAUUACAUCUACAGUACAUUUGUUAUAUGAAUGUAUGUGAAGGGAACAUAAACAUGCCAAAAGCUGAUGUCUAUUAAGUUGGCCAAGCAAAUACAUAUUUGUCGGAUAGCUUUCACACAUAUAUGUGAGCAAAGCCUGUUUAAUAAGUACUAAAAAUCUACUUUCAUUUCUAAUAAUUUAAGAUGAGAUGUGUUCAAACAGUGCUAGGAACCUGGAGUGCCCUUCAUAUUUGACAUAUUGAAUUAGUCAUAAAGACUUUUUUUAUGAUGUUUAGCAAAGAUGGUUGCCUUAAUUAGCUUUUUAGAAAUGUGCAUGAUAUUUGAAAUUAGUGGGGCUCCUCUCAAUGUAAGCGGAGGGUAAUGUUUUAUCUCACUACCAAUUACAGCCAUGAACUGUCUUCACAGACUAAGUCUGCUGUAAUUAAAGAGAAACCUACUUUUCGGAAACUGCGAAUAUAAGGGAGCAGGGUGUGUCGUGCUUAGUAAACAUCUUGUUUAAACUUUGUUUAAUGCAGACUUCUGGGAAGUUAAAAGGCAAGGUCACGCUCCUAUGUGUACUCAUUGUUUCAUGUUCACUUUGUUUUAAGUUUCUGGUCAUUAUAUUUUGUGAAUUUUGUGUCUUGGUAAUUUAGGUAGAUCAUGUAAAAUAAUUAUAUAAAGCUUUGCACUUUACUGUU